UUAUGUUGGUGUCCGUCAAAAUUCUCAAUUCAAAAGGCAUGAGAGAGAGAGAGAGAAGGGGAUAGUAAAGGGCGUAUUAAUUAGAGGGAUGGAAGUGUGAUUAGGCCCCCCCGCCCCGCCACUCCCACUAUCCACCAUAAGUACACCCUCCCGCUUUCCAUUCCACACAAACAUCUCUCUCCCAAAAAUGCGGCCAUUGAAGAUGAUCCUUUGCAUGGCCACCAUCCUCUGCUCUCUCACAUCCGCCGGCGCCAUAAUCCCCGGCGUCUACGGCGGCACCACCUGGCAAGCCGCCCACGCUACAUUCUACGGCGGCAGCGACGCCUCCGGCACCAUGGGUGGUGCCUGCGGCUACGGAAACCUAUACAGCCAGGGUUACGGCGUGAAGACGGCGGCACUGAGCACGGCGCUCUUCAACAACGGGCUGAGCUGCGGCGCCUGCUUCGAGAUCAAGUGCGACGCGGCGCAGGACGCCAAGUGGUGCAACCCGGGCAGUCCCUCCAUUCUAGUGACCGCCACCAAUUUCUGCCCCCCAAACUACGCCCUCCCCAACGACAACGGCGGCUGGUGCAACCCUCCCCGCCCGCAUUUCGACCUCGCCAUGCCCAUGUUCCUCAAGAUCGCCCAGUACCGCGCCGGCAUCGUUCCCGUCAACUUCCGCCGUGUGGCGUGCAGAAAACAAGGGGGAAUCAGAUUCACGAUCAACGGCUUCCGUUACUUCAACCUGGUUCUGAUCACCAACGUGGCGGGCGCAGGGGAUGUGGUGCGCGCGAGCAUCAAAGGCGGCAACACGCAGUGGGUGCCACUGAGCCGCAACUGGGGCCAAAAUUGGCAAUCCAACGCCGUCUUGGUGGGCCAGGCCCUCUCCUUUAGAGUUACCGGCAGUGACCGUCGCACUUCCACUUCCUGGAACGUGGCGCCUUCUAAUUGGCAGUUCGGCCAGACCUUCACGGGCAAAAACUUCAGGGUCUGAUCCCAUCUCCCGCCUUCAAAAAAUUCUCCUUUUUGACCCGGGAAGAUUUUGAAGACUGCGUUGCUUUAAAAAAACUUAUAUAUAAAAUACCAAAAUUAGUAUUAAUAUAUAGAUCAAGUACUGUAUUACUUUUGUGUGUGUUUUUCCACUUAGGGAAUGGAGGAGGCUGAAGCGGCUAAUGUAGCCCGCAGCUUCUACUUACUUUCUUUAUUAUCGCAUCAUAUCAUAUAUUAAUGCCUAUAUAUUUUCCUUUUUCGGGAUUCA